AUGACUUACCGCAUCCUGGUCGGAUCGUAUACCUCGGAUGUGACGACGGUAGAAUUCGAUCCGGAUGCGCGUACCUUGCGUGUAACGUCUGCGCUUACCGUCGGGCACCAGCCCUCUUGGCUCACCCGUCACCCAUCGGACCCGACGCUCGUCUAUACAGCGCUCGAGCAAGCUGAGGGAAAGAUACUAGCCUUCAAGAUUAGCCCCGAAGGAGUGGUUUCCGUGCUUGGCGAGGCAGAGAGCGGCGGAAGUGAUCCCGCCACCCUAGAAGCCCUGGAUGAGGAACUCGUAGUAGGAAACUACUCGAGCGGAAACGUGACGGUCAUCCCCAUUCCGACUUCUUCAUCCCUUCAUCCCAAACCGACUGCUGUCCACACGCUUCCUUUCCCCAAACCCGGACCGAACGUCGACCGGCAAUUGUCAUCACAUCCUCAUCAGAUUGCUCCAGUCCUGAGUCGGAAUAUGAUACUGGUGCCAGACCUCGGUGCCGACAAAACGUGGAUCUUCGAGAAGCGCGGUGCUGAGUGGCACCGAACAGGCAGUCUGUCAUAUACCCCAGGCGACGGACCGAGACAUCUUGUCUACCAUGACAAUGUGGUAUAUACCCUAUGCGAGCUCACAAGCACAGUGUCGACGCACCGGUUAGACACUGUCAAGGAGGACAUUCCACCACUUUACCACGCUUCCACGAUGUUCACACCACCUUCACCACUCGGCGACAUGCUCGCCGCAGAGAUCCUGCUGUACCCAUCACCCCCCGCUUCUCCUUCGGCUUCCUAUAAGCCGCGCUUUCUGCACAUAUCCAAUCGCAACUUCCCGGGCGAAGUGGGUGAUCCACUGGCCAUAUUCUCCCUCGACGACCCGCUAGAGCCCAAGCUGGUACGCGAAACGGCGAGCGAGCUUUCCCACGUGCGCUCGAUGGUUGUCUCUCCAGAUGGGCAGUAUCUAGUGGCAGGUGGUGUCCAUGGGGGAGGGGUCAAAGUCUAUGCUGUACGUGAGGAAGGUGGCGCGCUGGAGCAAGUCGCGCAUUGUGAAUUGGAGGGGCCCACGCACUUCCUCUGGCUGUAG